AGAAGGGGCGGGGCCUGCGGGGUGAGCUCAGGCAGGCGCCGGCGAAGGAGGGCCGGGCCCCGGGCAGCGUGCAGAGCGGGCAGCGGAGGCAGCGAGGGAGGGCUGGACGGCGGGCGAGCGAGCUCAGCUCGGCUCUACUGGAGGAGGAGGGGGCGGAGGUCGGCGGGGCCACGGCGGCAAGCCUGGGAAAAGCGGAGCGAUGCUGCCGGCGGCGAGGGCCGACUACCUUGCGCCCUGGUGGGCGUCCUGGCUGCACGGGCUGCCGCACCUGAGUCUGAGCCUGCAGCCCGUGUCCAGCGCCUUCCGUCCCAAGGAUGAAGACUACCAGCAGUCCUUGGUCUUCUUGGCCCUCUGGGGAGCUGUCUUCCUGGGUCUCAACCUGGUCUUCCUUGGCAUCUACAUGAUCUGCCUGUGCUGCUGCAAGAAGGAAGAAGAGACGGAAACAAAAAGGCCCAAUUCUUGCUGCGUUACCUGGACUGCUGUGGUAGCCGGACUCAUCUGCUGUGCGGCUGUUGGCAUUGGUUUCUAUGGCAACAGUGAAACCAACGAUGGGGUUUAUCAACUGAUCUACGCCCUUGAUAAUGCUAAUCACACACUCUCGGGGAUUGACUCACUGGUCUCUGGUACCACAAGCCAGAUGAAAGUCGCCCUGGAGCAGCAUCUUGCCCGGCUGAAUGAGAUCUUUGCCAUGGAAGGCGACUACGUCCGGACCCUGAAGUUCUUGCAGCAAAUGGCAGACAAUAUUGUACUGCAGCUUAAUGGGCUUCCUAGCUGGGGAGAUGUCACCAUUGACCUGUCCCAGGUUGCCAGUGAAGUCAGCUAUGUGGAGUAUUACAGAUGGCUCUCCUACCUCCUGCUGUUCAUCCUUGACUUGGUGAUCUGCCUUAUAGCCUGCCUUGGACUUGCCAAGCACUCCAAAUGUCUGCUUAUUACGAUGCUGUGCUGUGGGCUUUUCACACUCAUUCUCAGCUGGGCUUCCUUUUCAGCAGAUGUUUCAGCAGCAGUGGGUACCAGUGACUUCUGUGUGGCUCCAGAUAAGUUCAUUGUGAACAUGACAAAAGGCGACCUCAGUGCAGAAAUUGUAAGAUACUACCUGUAUUGCAGCCAAAGUCUCACAAACCCCUUCCAGCAGGCCCUGACCAUCUACCAGCGCUCUCUGACGACCAUGCAAAUCCAGAUUCAGGGCCUCAUGAAGUUUGCAGUGCCUCUUUUCCCUACAGCUGAGAAAGACCUGCUUGCCAUACAGCAGCUCCUGAACUACUCAGAGACCAGCCUCCACCAGCUGACUGCCAUGUUGGAUUGCAGGGGCUUGCACAAGGAUUAUCUGGAUGCCUUGAUCGGGAUCUGCUACGAUGGCGUAGAAGGCUUGCUCUACCUCAUUCUCUUCUCUCUCUUGGCUGCGGUGGCCUUCUCCACCAUUAUCUGUGCCGUGCCGCGUGCAUGGAAGCACUUAGCCAGCAGGGACCGAGAUUACGAUGACAUAGAUGAAGAAGACCCCUUCAACCCUCAGGCCCAGCGUAUCGCAGCCCACAACCCAAACCGUGGGCAGCUUCGUAGUUUCUGCAGCUACAGUAGCAGCCUGGGCAGUCAGACGAGUCUCCAGCCUCCAGCUCAGACCAUCUCCAAUGCCCCCGUGUCCGAAUACAUGAACCAAGCUGUGCUCUUUGGUGGGAACCCACGCUAUGAAAACGUCCCACUGAUUGGAAGAGGAUCGCCUCCCCCCACGUAUUCUCCAAGUAUGCGAGCAACCUAUCUAUCGGUUAAUGAUGAUCACAGGCGACAGUUCGGCAGCGAAUUUCCAGCCUAGCACUCACCUUGUAGAGAAAAACCCACAAACUAUGUUGCUAUAGCGGAACCUAACCACCACCGGAGUCACAUGGACUGCAGGGGAAAGAGGGCGACCUCCCUCCACAGUGAAGUGGCGGAGAAGGGUGCUUGGAAGAGGGGCGUCAGCAGACGAAGAAGCUCACUGGCCAUCUGGAGAGUCAUCCAGGGAAGUGACCCCGUGUGCUCGACUGGCAGCUUUUCCCUCUGAGUCAUUAGUCUUCCUCUUUUGCACACAUAGGACGGGUGCCCAGGGCUUCCAUCCCCAGAGCAGAAGGCUCUGAAGUCUUCUCCUCAAAUCAUCCUCUCCUCUCUCCCUCUUUCUCCCCCUUCUUCCCAUCUGUGUGUUGUCCUCCCCAGCCUUUUUUUUGGGUGGGGGGAAUAGGAUUUGGACCGCCCUGUGUUCAUGCACAGAGAAUAAUUUCCUGUUUGGGGUUUUUCCCUGCACUGAUUUCCAGGGCAGGGAAACUCUUUUUUUGUCCGUUGAUCAUGGUGGUGUUUGGACUACCUUUUUUUU